UGCGGGCGGCCAUGGCGGAGCGGCGGAGCGGCGCGGCCGAGGGCCUGGCCCGGCUGGCCGAGUGGGCGGACGCGCACCUCAGCCUGCUGCGGAGCCUGAGCGCCGGGAUGGCGGUGGCCGGGGUGCUGGUGCUGGCCCGCAGCGUCCGCAUGGCCUCUGCCGCUUGCCGCAGCCCUGGCCCCGCUCCGCUGCUGCCGCCCGAGCUGCUCGCCGCGCAUCCAAGUAACGCCGAAACAGAGGAGGGCUCCUGGCACCAGCAGGCUGCGGCCAGAGCAGCAGGCAAGACAGCAAAGUUCACAAGUGCUCUGGAUAUACCUGCGGAGUUUGUCACAAGGAAUGUGAAGCUGAGGGGGAGAUUGCAUCGCAUCACGGAGAGAGGCCUGGAGGUUGAACACAUUCCCAUCAGCAUCCCUCUCCUCACCUCCAUACAGAGGAGAUGGCAAUCCAAAGGUCUUCUGCUGGUGAGGCUUGCUGGAGUGGAGUUGGCUCCCAGUGGCAUGGCCUGGUUACAGCAGGAGCUGAAACCCAAACAGAUGAUCUGGUUCCAGCUUCUGGGAAGGGAGGAGCUGGCACUGGAGUGCCUUGUAUUAGUAAAUAAGGGCAGGUUCCUCAGCGUGUGCUUAAAUGAAGAGAUCCUGAGGCAAGGGCUUGGCAGGACAGUGCCUAUUGAAGGGCUGCCUCACGACUCCCAGCUCUACUGGAAGCUUCACAGAAGGCUCCUUCGAGCAGAGUUGAAGGCCUUGAAGAAACAUAAAGGAAUAUGGCAAGAAGAAAAAAGCUACUUUGAAAGAAUUCGAGAGCAGAUCAGCAGCAAUAAAGUGGUGCAGACCCUGAAAGGGUUUGUGGGCUGGCUCAGAAGCUCAGUGAGAAGGUGAGAGGGGAGGCUUGGGGGGAGAAGUGCUAAUUGUUUAUGACACAUGCUUUAGCUCAAGAAGAAGGCUAUGGUCAGAACCACUGCCCUGAUUUGGAAGGUCCCUGUCUGGAGCAGAAACCACAGGAAGUUUCCUAAUGCCACACUGAAGUCCAUAUGGGGCUGGAUUUUGAUAGUCAUACUAAAGCCAGGGGUUAAAAUGUUCUGAAGCCAAACUUAUCCACAGUGAUAUCCUAAACUGGUUGUCCAGUUUGGCUCUGGUGAGAGCAGAGGGCAGUCCAGUCCUGGAGAGAGCUGCAGGGUGUUAGCUCACUGCCCUGAAUGCUUCUCUGCUACAGCUUACUGCACUCACUUCAUUUCUGGGGCUGGUGGGAAUGUGUUUGCUCAGGAGCAGUUUUUGCUUGGACUCCAUUCUUAGGCCUCUUGUGUGGAUAAUUUGUGGGUUAAAACAAAAUCUUUCAGUUUGAAUAAUGGCUUGCAUUGUUAGUGGUCUAAAAGGUAAUUUGUCAUGGCUGAGCUGAAGAAGCUUGCUAAGGUCACAACAACUAAAUGUUCUUGGGAGAAAAAAGUCACUUGGUGGAUCAAAGGAUAGAAAUAAACUCCACAGGCACCCAAGCUUUUGGGACAGCAUUCAGUGGAAGAGGGAAAAGUUCAGCUUUUUUUGGUUUUACUUCCCCUUUCUGGUUCUGGAGAUACCUAAAACUAGCUGCAAAUGAGAUGAAAUUUCCAAAGAGAGGCCACACCACCCUGUGCCAAUAAAUCCUGGGUUUAUUUUUGCAACCACUGUUAAGUAUUAUUUAUUUUGUAGCUCGAAUAAAGAGUGGAUUUCUCA